CUAUUAUGCUAUAAUACGAUUCGAAAAAUUGCUUGAUUAGUAUAAUCUUUAGUCUGGCGUUUCUUAUUAUUUCUCAUAAAUAUAUUUUAUUUAUAUUAACAACCUCUUUAUAAUGUGUAAUUAGACAUUUUUAACAUACGAUAUGACCACUCAGGGCCGUGGACCUGCAAAAAGGAAGGUCAAACCUGUUGAACCUCAGUCCUUACUUGAUUUUGAUCUUGGGGAAGGGGAGAGCUCUGAUGAUUCAGAUUUUCGCAUCGAAGACCACCCAGAGGAAAGUGAUGACUAUUCUAUAAAUUCUGAUGAUGACAAAAAAGGAGGUGCAAAUAGUGGAUCAUCAGAUGAAGAAUCUGAUUCUGAUAUUGAAAAUGAAUAUAAAAAAUCCAACAACAAAAUUGGUGAAGAAAUUUCAGUCGCUGAUUUACUUAAAACCGCUAAACAGAAGGAGUUUAAGUUUCCAGGGGACCUAGCAGAUGUGCUAAUAUGUGCUGGCUGUUUGGGCUCCAGAAGUGAUGAUUUCAAUGAGAUUGUUGGUUGUGAUGGAUGUGGUGUCACUGUACAUGAAGGUUGUUAUGGUGUGUCAGACGUUGCUAGUGAGUCUAGUACAGUGAGCUCUGCAUCAACAGAGCCAUGGUUUUGCGAGGCAUGUAAAGCUGGUGUUACAGAUCCUAGUUGCGAAUUAUGCCCCAAUAAAGGUGGAAUAUUCAAAGAAACUGAAGUAGGUGCAUGGGUCCAUUUAGUAUGUGCGCUGUAUGUACCAGGAGUAGCAUUUUCAGAGGUGGAACAUUUAUCAGGUGUGACAUUAUUUGAAAUGGCAUACUCUCGGUGGGGUGCUAGGUCCUGUGCUCUUUGUGAAGAUGUGACUCUAGCUAGAACUGGGGUGUGUGUUGGAUGUGAUGCUGGUCUCUGCAAGACAUUCUUUCAUGUUACUUGUGGUCAACGGGAGGGAUUGUUAGCAGAAGCACAUACAGAAGAGGCUGAACAGGCAGACCCCUUCUAUGCUCACUGCAGAUUACAUUCUGAUAAGGCUCUAGUAAAAAAACGCAAAAGAAAUUGGUUGGCCUUACAGUUGCGGACAGAAAAGAGGAAACAAGAACUACAAAGUAAUGUUAGUACGAAUGAGAAUCAAAGAUUCCAACGGAAAUUAGUGAAAUGUAGACGGAAGUACCUACAUCAAAAAGAGAAUAGGAAUCCUCCAUGGGUCCCAACUCAGAAAAUGGCUCGGAUGCUCUACAGCAGUGCAUCAGCAAUGAGGAAGUUCCAGAUGAAAGCUGAAUGUAUGGGUAUAGACACCCAUGCGCUGGAAUUCCAAGAUGCGCAGAUGGCCGCUCUAAAGGACGUGUCUCGUCGAUGGCACGUACCACCAGCAUUCUCUGUGGAGUUCGUCGGCUACUAUUUGGAUAGAAAUUCGCGUGUCACAUCCUUGCGUAAGUCACUUGAACGGCUCACCAAAGAAAACGAGACUUUGUUGGCCGAAGAUGAUAAAUUGAGAACUGAAUAUGAUGAGGCUUCAAAGGAGAACACAGAAACUCUGGCCGACAUGUCUUCAACAAGACAAGCCCUACAGAAGAUAUAUGAAGCGAUCACGGGCAUUUGCCCUAAGAAGAUAGCACCAUCUAUUAUAGAAGACAAGCCUCUCUUACCUCCAGUCAUACCUCGUUCUACGCCGAAGGUUACACCUCAACAACUCCAGAAACGGACGGGGGCUCCGGAUGUAGAUGAUACCUCAUUUGGUCGUAUAAUGCAUAGUGGGUCGGCCACCAGGUCAAUGUCUGUGCCCACCGCGGCAGCACUUAAGAUGGGCGUUGGUUUUCCUCUUAGCGACAACCCGGACGCUCGCCAUGGAAAAGUACUAUCUACGUCACUUGAAGCGUCGGACGCGCUGGCGGCCCGCGAGUGCGCGGCGUGCGGCCGCAGCAGCGAGCGGCACCUGAUGGCGGCCUGCGACACCUGCCACCACCACUACCACCUGCACUGCCUCAAGCCACCGCUGCAGCGCCCGCCCAAGAAGAGCAAACUCUACGGCUGGCAAUGCUCUGAAUGUGACAAAACAUCCGACUCGGAACCGGAAGUAUUAGAAAAGAAAGUACCAAGACGAUCACGUAUUCGGUACAGUAAAGACGGAGCAAUUAUCACAGAACCGGCGAGUCCCGGCUCAACACCCAAUUCACCGCCACCAAAACCAAAGUCUGCUAAACCUCAUCAUCUUAAGACCGAAACGAUAAAGAUCGCAUCGUCAGAAAAUCUAUCUCCAAUUAAAGUGACUAUAAAGCCUUUCGAAUUCAGUAGCGAUGGUAACGAAAGCACUGACAUUAAAAAAAAAGAUAAGAAAAUAAAGAAGUCCAAGCUAAAAGAACAUGCAUCCGGGUCUGUCGGUGAAGGUGAUAGUCCAUCGAAAAAGAUUAAGCGCAGUUUUACUUCGCCCACAUUGACGAACACGCCGUUGAUGUCAAUAACCCCAAUCGUUGCAGACAGUCCCAAUGAUUCGCACAAUGAAAAUUCCAAUGCCUCCACUAAUAUUGCUUUAAGUAAGCGAGAUGAAAGUUUUUUACCUCAAAAUAUAUCGUUCUCUUCACUGCUGAGUGAGUCAAAAGAAAGAGACAGCAAAGCUAUCGAAAGUUCUAUAGAGAACACACUCGCAAAUCUCUCAUCAGAUAUUGCUACGUAUAAAGCAAAUAGAAAACGUAGGAAAGAAAAGCACCGAUCGAGAUAUUCUCCUGACUUUAUGCGAACACCAUCAAAGUCACAUAAACAUAAAAGGAAAAAGAAGAUACAAGACAUGGAAAACCCAGGAUUACCUCGAAUUACUAUUAAGAUCAAACCUAUUCCCAAACCGGAUGGUUCUCUUGAUACACAAAUGUUCUACGUUCCGACGGACAGUAAUGACGGACCUCCGCCAGCAGUAAUGAAGAAACUGUCAAAGCAUACUGAGCAAACAGAUGCUAAUUCGAUGCUUCCAAUUGAUGCAUCAGCAGUCAUUGAACAAGACGCCUCAACGCCUCGUUCGCGGGUGCGGGGUGCGCGGGGCGGCGACGGCGCGGGUGCGGGGGGUGUGGGCGGUGUGGGGGGCGGGGAGGGCACAGGCAGCAGUCCUGCGGCCGCACUCACGCCCAUGACACACUGUGACGUCUGCACCGAACCUGGCAACAACACCAACCUAGUGCGGUGCGAUGAGUGCUUCAAACGAUACCACUUCACCUGUUUAGAACCGCCGCUGAACAAGAAUCCGAAGAAACGUGGCUAUUCAUGGCAUUGUGCGGACUGUGAUCCAACAGACAACGAAGAAAAUAACUAAGAAGGCUACAUGAGAAUAUUGCGUUGUACUCGUAUAAUGAAUAUUUCAGCUUUGUCUGUUCUUCACAUUAAAUAACUUUAAAUAUUUUUAUCAUCGAUCGUAGUCAACAUACUCUUAUAUUGCUGUAUUAAAUUAUAAUCUUUUUUCUUAUAUACCUACUUAAAAUAAUGUUAGUCCUUAAUACAUAUUAGUAUUACUGUAGGAUGUCAUAAAUGUGUUUUAUACCAUAAAAGGUAAAUAUUAAAAUAUUAUGAUGUAUGAAUAA